CCCGGCUCCGCCUCUGAUUGGCUGAGUCCCCUGCCCUCCCCGCUCCCCCUCUCCUCCACCCCUGGUGAAAACUGCGGGCACCAAGUGAGGUACAGCAACUGGAGGUGGCGGCGAGUCCAGGAGGAGGCUGCAGCAGCGGAGGACCUAAAUCGAGGUCCAGGAGACCCCGGCACCAUGCACCCAGCCAUUGGUAUCGCUCUCCUGUUGACAGUUUUGCAGGUCUCCCGAGGGCAGAAGGUGACCAGCCUAACAGCCUGCCUGGCAGACCAGAGCCUUCGUCUGGACUGCCGCUAUGAGAAUACCACCAACAUGCCCAUCCAGUACGAGUUCAGCCUGACCCGUGAGACAAAGAAGCACGUGCUCUUUGGCACCGUGGGAGUGCCUGAGCACACAUACCGCUCCCGAACCAACUUAACCAGCAAGUACAACCUCAAGGUCCUCUACUUAUCCGCCUUCACCACCAAGGACGAGGGGGUCUACACAUGUGAACUCCGUGUCUCUGGCCAGCCCUCCUCCGUCUCCUCCCAGAAUGUCUCUGUGCUCAGAGACAAACUAGUCAAGUGUGACGGCAUAAGCCUGCUGGCUCAGAACACCUCGUGGCUGCUGCUGCUCCUGCUCUCCCUCUCCCUCCUCCAAGCCACGGAUUUCAUUUCCCUGUGACUGCUGGGGCCCGUGGAGGAUAUGGGAAGGCGCACAUCCCAGUGCAGAGAUCCUACUUCUCUGAGUCAGCUGACCACCCCCCUAUACCUCACACACCUCGGGGAGAAAUGGGGACCCCACCUCGUAUCAGGAGUCCCACUGCUGCAUGCCAUUAUCUACCCACCUCCCACUGCUACCUAACCCUCUCCGCACACCCCUGGCUAUCUUUUUGUACUCUGUUCCAGAGCUGCUUCUAUCUGGUUUAUUUAGGGUUUAUCCUUCCUUUCCUUUGGGAGUUUGUAUAAAGGGAAGCCAGGGCUGGGGACCUGGUGGAGAGUGAAAGCAUGUAAGGGGUAGUGGGAUAGAGGGUCAUCCUUGCCUAGUGGGACCAGAGGCCUGACCUGGAUGGGAGGUGUGGGACGUGUCCGGCCUAGCACAGACAUGGUCUGUGGUGAAAUCACCCCCAGUACGCAGUGCUGGCGCCUGAAGACCACAAACAUGAGGGCACCACCAACAUCUGUGGUCCAUCUGGGGAGGGAGAGAGCUGAGUGCCUGCAGGAACAUUCUCAGCCACAGUGAAAAAGCCCUGUCUUACCACUGGGGAAGCCCCCUGGGGACCUUGGCCCGGGGCACACCCCAGAGAAGAUUCAGAUUCCCCCCCCAAAGAAGAUUCAGAUUCAGCCAGAGGAUCUGCGUCAGUGGGGGGCUGGAGAAGGGGGUAGAAGGUGAGGGUCCCUCACUCCUCCCUUCCCGAGGAAGCUGAAAGUGUGAGCCAGCUGUCCCUCACUGCCCCCACCAGCAGUGAGAGGGCCGCACAGAAGGCCAAGCCCCUCCCAGGCUGUCUGAGAGCGCAAGAGCUUCCAGAAGUCAGGUAGGGUAGAGUCCCAGAGCCACAGGGAGUCUGGUCUAACCUUCCGAGGGAGUUGGUCUUCCCUCACCGUCAGAGCUAGCCUGAGCCCCUCAGCUACCCCCUGCCCCACAGGCCUUGCCUUCUCAGUGACCUCUGGGGGGGGCCUGAGGCAGUCGUGAUGUGAGACCCAGGAGCAGGACACUCCUUGGGUGAUGGUUUUCCCAACCCCUGGCUCCCUACCCGGCAGCUCUGCCUGUCCUGUGACUGUGUGUAGUGCCACCAUGGCUUAUGGCAUCUCAUUGAGGAAAAAGAAAACUGCACAAUAAAUCUAAGCCUCUGGACUCUG